AGUGUAGUUGAACAAGGUGACUUGUUCAUCGAGACGCGAGAGGUUCUGGCACCUCACCGCCAUCCGACCGCUAAGAUACUUAGAUUAAAUAAAAGCUCCAACGACAAAGCGAAAAGCUCGAAUAAAAAGAUGGCAUCUUCGGCCUUUGAAAGUUGGCGUCAGGAGCGAGUCGCUCGCGGGCUCGAACGUUUGGUCGUUUAGUAUGAAGAGAAAAAAGUUUGCCGCUGACACUGCCAAUAACUUUUUGCAGGUUUUCUAGUAUGCCAGUUUUUUCUUGCGUCACACACACACCGUCGUCUUGUAUUUCAGAAACCGCAGAUCAUGGGACUUCGUGUAUAGAGCUUAUUAACUUAACCGAUAGUAUAAUUUGAUUUGUAACACGAGUUUUUUUUAAAAAUUGCGAAGAAAGAUGCCAUUCCAAUGACAUUAAGGAACCUGCGCAAGCUUUUUUCAUGUAUACUUACACAUUGCAGAAUAUGACAGUGUUACGAGGUUUGCAAUCGACAAUGUUAAAUGCAUAAAAUCGACACUACUUCCAUUUGGUCUUGCUCUUGUUCGAGCCCCAAAUACCAAUUCAAAUUUCAAGUGGUGCAUGACAAGUUUUGUGAGCACCCGAGGCCAAGAAAUCCUAUUGCUCUUUGUCAUAGUGUUAGUGUUUGGGCAAGGAAGACCACUUCGCUUCUCGUUCUAUCCAACACCAAACAGGCUCACGAUUGGUUUCGCCUGCCUGCGCUCAAAUACAUGCUGGCACUCUGCGCCUUGCAUUUUAUGCGUGACCACGGCUUAUUUCAACUUUGUCGAUUUCAAGCCUGACGAUUCCACACAAAACAGCGUCGCGAGCGUCAAUUUGGACAGUGACAGCAAUGUGAAAGAAGCCACAACUUGGGCCCAUAAUUACGUCAACGAAGCAGGAUAUCAAUUGCAAAUAUCAUCACGGUGUCUGAAAGUUUGGCGUGCAGGUGUUGCAUGGCUCAAAAGAUAUGCUGGAAUACGCAUUGGCCGAAUGUCACAGGUUUUGCGAGAGCUUUGGCUUUUUUACAAUGCCUACUCUGAAUGAGAACUCGUCUGCUCGCAACGUGGCCAAAAAUGGACAGCUUCUGGUCCUCAUGCACGUUGACAGGAGUUUCCGCGACCAUUGAAAAAGAGCAUCACAAGUUCGCGAUCGAUGCAGGGCGGGAUCUGGAUCUGCGCCGGCGACUGCUGGCAGUAUCGUAUCCAACUAACCAACCAACAAGUUUGCCACUUUCCAGACCCACCGGACACAGAUAUUUGCACUUCAUACGGCAGAGGGGACGGCGGAGUCAGCGAACCUGAAAAGCAAUGUUUUGCUAGCGAAGGGUAGCCUUGUGCAGAAGUUCCUUAUGUAUUGCAAGUAUGUCUGGGAGGUCUGGAAACUUGCUAGAACAAAACUCACCAUUCUUGGCGUUGGCUGCCAAGUGAGAAUAAAUAUCUGUCAUGCGUAUGGCGAAACAGUCAGUGCCAUCUGUUUGCCAUGCGAUGCAAACGCGACUUGUCAUGAUCUGGCCUCGGGACGAAGACAUAGCCGCUCAUAACGCUCAUCAAAACCCUGUCACGCGUGGGCGGUCCGUAGCCGUACUAUUACAGAGGUUUUUAUCAUCCAGCACACGUUUGCAGGAAGACCAAGACAUAGAAUUUGCAGGUGAUUUUCUUCUUGCACGCGCAAAACAAAAAAGCGACUUUCUUCGAGUGUAGUUUUGACAAAUUUGUCACCGCCGCUACCAGGGCCCUGGAACACUUCGACGUAGAUACUCCACAGAAAAUCCUAGCGACGUUGUGUCAUAACAAUUCCAAGUCCGGCAUUGUAAAUAUAUUUCGACUAUUUCUAUACGAAAAGGCAAAAACAAAUACUCAUCAGGGGAUCAGGGACGGGGUAAUUUGUCGUGCUUACAUCCGCCUGUAACUGCUGCAUGCUGUAGGGUCUUCACUCGUAGCGAGUACUUACUUUUUGUUUUUGUGUAGUAUGGUGAGUACUCGGACUACGAAUCUCGUAGUCACUUUGUUUUACAUACAAUAAAAAACAAAGUUAUUGAUGCGCACCUGCUGCACGAACCCUGGCGCCACGGCCAACCGCCGUUAGAGCCACCGGUUCUUGGGGCUCGCGUCGUUGCGCACUCGUGUCCGACAAAUCAACCUAGCCACGUGCCGAUAACGCCGGCCCUAAUGAGUUGAAGACUACUUCUAUCCGCAUCCGCCUAAGAAUGGGCGCGCCGGUCUUCUCUAGUAGGCCCGCUGUCGGACCUUGACCUUGUAGCUCCUCCUGCCAGCGCUAUUUUGUUUUGAUAUGACGCGCUAGUUUUUCUUUUUCUGUGCGAUAGAAGAGACAGGGGUCUACGGCACUUUGCAGCUGCUUUUUACGCUGUCGGCGCAGCCCUUAGCGGUCCCGGGUUCCAUGGUGCCUGCGCUGCAAAAUCUGCGGUACCGUCGCGGUCAAGGGCUGAAGGCGGAGAGGAUUCAAAAGUCGUGCGAAGCUACCAAUGUCGCGCCCUUGCACGAAGAAGCACAUGAUCCCCUUUGUAUGGAUGUGUCAGGAUCGCAAUCGACAAGAUCGAAAAACUUGCGAUGCAUAAAAUAUAGGGCACUGAAGGCCUGUAUUGGGGAGCAGGCAAAUGAGACCGAUUGUAAGCCUGUUUAGGGGUAUGCAAUGUGCUGCCAGAGUAGCAUGACAGGAGCAGUCUGCUUUGCCCAAGCAGCACGACAAACUGGAUUUAGGUGCUCCCGAAGUUUGUCAUGCGCCACUUGCAAGCUGAAGCUCCAACUGACAUCGUCAUCGAUUUUGUGCAUCGCAAAUUUUCCGACUUUGUCAAUUUUGACUCUGCCACUUCCAUACUUUGGCGCGAAGACGUAGAAAGCGUCUCCUCGACGAGCAGCGGGGCGUCGACGAGUGACUCCUUGCUUUUCUCAAGCGACGAAAUCGAUUCCAAUCGCCGGUUUCUCGGCGAAGCUGAAGCUAGGCGCAGGCCCUCCCUCGGCUCGGAUCCCUCAGAACACUUUUUUAUCAAACACACGCCGUGCCCACGCCACCAGCAGCAGCAGCGACGAGAGGGAGGCCGCAGAAGGACUGCUCGUCAGCAUGAUGUAGUCUCUGGUCGUGUAGUUGCACACGAUCAUAUUAUGUUGCGGAGCAAAAGCGUCCCCACGGGUCGUGCGGCUCGAGCCGAGCUUGUGGAACCCCGACGGCAGACGCUGUCAGCCCCCAGACAUACGCGCGACGCAAUGUUGGAAAUGCCAACAAAUGGCCUCGUAGGCUAAUAUCUAGUUCUCUCUACUCUGCAACGAGGACGUGAGUUCUCUAGUGAUUUUCUUCAAAAUUUGAGGCUUCUCUGUGCUCUAUCUCCUUGGUCUCGUCCAGUAUGUAAAACGUUCCAGAGUCAACUUAACUCUGGAACGUUUAGCAACACAAUAAAUCAGAAGUUUUGGGAGUCCUCGCGCUUGAACAGUUCCUCGUCUCUGUAGUGGUGUAGUACAGGAGUUGUUCUUUAGCAAGGACAGCCGGCUCACAAAGCCAUCUCCUUGUCCUCUUUACCGCACUGUGCCAAAGCAUAUGCCUCUCAUCAUGGCGGGGUUGCGAAUUACCAAUGUUCCACAUCCACUUCCACCAGUUGCAGAUCUGCAUGACAGCCCUGGGGUGGGGACACUUUUGCUCAUGAUGCACGAAGCUGGUCGUGCCGCGACGCGGGCGACAACGAGAACAAGAAGAAGAACGACCGGCGCAAAACUAGAAGAAGGCGUACGGGUGCGUCGUCUUGUUCACUCUGAAAAGCAAGAAGGGGAGGAAGAAGAAGAAGAAGUAGACGGAAGCGCAUGCGCAUACAAGAAGAAGAAGCUGCAACAUGAAGAUGCCAGUUCUGGCGCAGACUUGCUCCUCUUUGACGCAUUCGAGCGACAGGUCGUGCAACUGGGAUGCAGCAACCAGCGUGACUUGCAGAGACGACCACGUGGGGAUCUACUACCUUCUACUUGUACUUCCGAGGAUUUGGCAAAAACAGCUGCAAACUCGCUGGGUUCCGUGUUCGGCAGGGCAGAGCUAGAAAAGGUUUUCACCCGGGGUGGAGCAAGGGACGUCGGAGCAGGCCGCUUGCUGUCUUCCUGUAUUCAUCGUUGGUCCUCCAUUAUCGCCGAGUUGCGGGCUCUGGCGUAUUGCCUAUGCGAAGAUGGUGCGUCCGCUGUUGCUCAUUUGUGGAACGAGAAGAAGCUGUGCCUAGCGAACCUGCCGUCCCUGCUCAAUGGUCACGCCACCCGUCAUUUAAACGAGAAUCACGACCCACAACUUUUUCGAGCGGUACACGAUGACUCAUCUUCGGGAGAUGAAACUCGUGGCACCACGUGUCUACAAGAAGGUAGCUACUGCGAGGAAAAAUCAAAAUUCCCAUACUGGAAAUGCAAAUGUAUGCUUCUGAAAUAAUAUAAAUUUGUGAUGCGGAAGAUUUGGGGCCCUGGCGCUGGCCACAAAUGAAAUAAUCGUCUCUGUAUUGCAAGAAGGCCACUCCAGAGAGCCCGCCAAUUUGUAGCUGUUACGCAGAAGGCUCGUAAUGAUUUAGGGCCUACACCGGAGACGCCUGCCAUACUAAGUGCCUGCAGCCCCUCCUAGUGGAAGACAGGGCUUGUUCAUGGACACAACUCCCGCGGCAUGAUAGAUUUUCAUUUUAUUGUGGGAAGGGGGGGCUUUUCGUCUUGAUAGUAGCUGGCGAGCUCUGGGGGCACGCCUCACAAUAUCCAGUACAAAUAAAAGUAUUGCGCUCUAUAUGAUCAUGAAAAUGAAUUGCAGCUGUACAUGACAAGUUUGGUUUCCUUUUCCUACCCAAUCUCCAUUUACGAUGUCUUCUUGAGAAAUUUUGUUAAAUGCGAUUUAUGCUAGUGCGAUAUUCUUGCAAUGCAUACACCACGCUCAUAGCCGAUUUUGAAGGCGCUCCGCUGCAGGAAGGCAAGGCUGCGAGACCAUCCACGAGCAGACACCUCCAGGGACAUCAAGAACAGGGAAAGAGUCUUCAGGGGCUCCUGCGCAGGCUACGCUCCUGCCGAAACAGCAUUCGACCGCUCGCGCAGUUGCACAGUCUGCUCAGCGACGUAUUUACGAAGCUCAAUGAGUGCCAAGAAUCUGGGCUCCAGCGUGACCGUGGCCACGGCGCGGAAUUGCUGCUGUUCCGUAGCCUGAAUGCAGUUAUGCGGACAGGGUGUGGUGUACCCCUCCCCCUCGCGGGCUCAUCAAAAACUGGAGGGGCGGCGCUGAAUGGCGCGUGGCGUAGUACGCUCGAGGCACACCAAAAGGACCUCAACCUCUGGAACAGGUUCGCAACUUGCUCAAGCUGGACCUCACCAAGAACGGAUCGCGUAAAAGCAACAAGGGCGGUGUUUGGAGCCGCUGCGUGCAAGGCGGGCGAUCUCGUCGCUCUGCGCUUGCGACUCGAUGCAGCGUGUCGCGUGGACCCUUUCCAGGUGGAGUUGCGUUUUGAUUUAGAUGGUGGUGGAAAGAACUUCGAUGCUGAGUCGUCGCCCCGUGCGGUAGAGCGCCUCUCCAACAACAAUGACGAUGCCUCCGAGACGGCCGAGACCAGGACGGCCGGCCCGACAUCGAGAACCGAUCAUGAUGAGGCGCAUUUCUUUUCUCGCGACGCGAGUGAAGAUGCCAGUCUGCUUCUUCUGCCGCAGGCAAUGCGGCUGCAGGAGGAGACGUGCGUGAGCAUCUUGCGAGGCGCGCAAUUGUGUGCGCGUGUGCAAAGUCAGCAACUGUUGUCGAUGUUAAUGCAUCCCCGACACGGGCCGCUCCGCAUCGCUCUGCGCGCACUGCAGCUGUUGGCGCUUUGCCAGCACGCAGAAUUGACGGACCGGCUUUCCGCACUGGUGGCCUCAGACACCUUGACCACCGUGAACCUGCAGAAAACGGUGCGGACUUUCUUGCUAGAAACGUGGCCGAUCGGGGGUGGACUAGAACUAGAUCGAAGCCUCCCUAGCGCGACUCGAACCGCCAUGACGCAAUGUGAUUAUCAAAUGCAAAUGCGUCAUCUGGGUCUGGAAAACAAGUGGAAGCUGUGAUGCGGAUUCUGGAACAGGCAAAGAUUUGUCAUGCGUGGUCAGCAAAAGUAGCUCACUGCUCGUCUUCAAAAUCUGGGAUUAUUUCUCAUGCGGGAUACGUAUUGGGAAACCUCGUCAGAACCUGUGACGUCAUUGCUUGCAACAUGCCCGAAGAGAUUCUGGGUCAUGCAAAAACAUCAUGACAAAGGAGACGGAAAGCCCACACGCUUCCAGACGCAGCGAUAAUAUUUGCGAUGCAUACAACUGAUGACGAUGAAUGGAUCUUGACAACGCAACGACUGAGGGAGAGGAUGGCUCUGGAAGUGUGCGUACCAAAUGCAAAUAUUUCUGGAUCUGGAAGAUUGAUUCUGCAAUUUGGCCAUGCAUUUUUUGGGUCACGCAGAUUGAUGCUUUGGAAAAAUUCGAGCAAGAGCAUAACAAGUUUUGUUCGUGUCUCAUCUUGGUGCCUAUCCUGGUGCAUGAGAAGCUCGUUACUCGCGUAGCAAAAAGUGGAGCACAGCUGUUGGCGUUCAUGCAACACGCAUUCUUGCGCAGAACAGUAGAGUUUGUGUGACGAAUUCAUCGGAUAACUCUUCCACACCUCCCAGGAGACAUAUUAGCAAUGCAUAGCGCGCAAGCCAUCUCGUGGUGGUGGACCUGCUGCAGGAAGAGCAUGAACGUGCUGAAAGACAUGAAAAAGAAAAGAUGCAGAGCCGGGGCGUUGAUGCACGAAUCAAUGCGACGCAGGCGGCACCGGGACCGGGACCGGCAGGCAAAAAUGGUGAUUUAAUUACGCGGAGCAUUUACAACAACUGCCUUCCUCGGCAGAGAUACCGAUUUCAGUGGCAGUUCCUCGACGCGGCAGAGCCGCAUAGCCAUCGAGGAGAGGAUGGUAAUUUUCCGACUCAAGUGCAGGACCGCGCUCGGAUCAGAGCAGAAACAAAGCCAGUGAAAGUUGCUGGCACAACAGCAAACGACCUUAGAAUGCGUUGUCCCAGCACGGUUAAAGCGGGAGCUUUGAACUGCUCAAUCCCGGGUUUCUUUUCGCCGUAUCACUUGUAAGUGUGUCUGGCUCUGGAAGAUUGCUCAAGUUUCUCAUGCAUGUUUUGGAGGACAUAGAAGAAGAAGAUGCAGGAGCUCUGGAAUGCACACAAAAGCAUCACAAGUUUUGUUCAACUCUCUUGAUGCCGAUCAACCUGCAUGAGAAGUUGAAGUUCAUCGCUAUUUGCGUAGUAAAAAGUGGACAACUUUUGGCGUUCAUGCAGCGUGAAUUUUUGAGUAAUCCAGAGCUUGCAUGACGCCACUCACUCUAGAAGAGGACCACCCAGAGGACAUAUUUGCGAUGCAUAGGCCGAUGCAGAUGGACAUGUACUCGCGCUGCUUCAGUUUCCUGCUCGAGCUCAAGGGCGCUCGCAAAUUGCUACAGCAGGCGCACUUCUUCCUGUACAACAAGAAUUCCAGCAGCACGUCGGCCAGACAGAACAGGAACACCCAUGUAGGAGAGCGUCGCAGUGCGCAGCCGGCGGUGAACUCCUUUGGAUUUGGCUCGCAUAUGCAUUGCAAAUUCAUUGUCUGGGUCUGGAGUGAUGCAACCUGCAGCGACGCGACUACGUUUGGAUUCUACAUGUUGAGAUCUGUCUUGCAUACACAGCAAGAAAGAUCCAGCUCUUUGCGACGCCGACGCGGAGAGGGCAUUUCUCAUGCAGUAUGGGCAUCAGAAAGUCCUCGCAGGGUCUGUGAUGCUACGGCAUGCAUCACAGACAGAGACAUCAUGGGAGGUGGUCAUGCAUAAUCUGCAUGACAAGCGUCUGCAUUCUUCCUCGAGAGGACCCAGACAUAUUUGCAUUUGAUGUCGCACCCCCGCACGCAAUUGCUGUUGCAGCAGGACGAGCACCACGUGUUGCAAGAUGCACACCUGUUGCGGUCCGAGAUGUUGCAUUUUGUGCAAGGCCUCGAGUCCGCGCUUAGCAUGCGCGUAGCGGCUUGCAUCGACACCUUCGACAAAAACGCGGCAGCAGGAAUCUCCAUGUUUAAUAGUUCGGCCGAGACGAGCACGAGCAGUUCUGGUACGAUCCGCUCUAGCAGCAGGCGCGCCAGGAGCCGAAAUCCUUUGUCGCUUGUUUCCCGUCCUCAAAGCCACAUGGUUGUGGAAAGGGAGGCCAAGAGCAACACACGCCCCCUCUCAAAGCUAACGGAGGCAAAGAGCUCAUCCCAGACUGGUGGGUGCCGCACUCCCAGUACUUCUUACAGCAGGUGGGAAUCUUCGUCUGCGCCUGGAGGCACAGCUGGAGCUGCCUCCCCGUCCUAUCUUCGUGCAUAUGGGCGGUCGUCAGUGCGGCCGGCUUGGUCCUCCCAUGGUGCCCUUCCACCGUCACAGAACCAAUACCAAAGUACGACAAAUAAUAAGAGAGAUGACAUUGAGAUUGACGGGGCUGGUACUGGUUCGAUAUCAAAAUCAAAUAUGUCCGGAUCUGAAAAAAUACGAUGUGUGCAAGUCCUACUGCGAAGAUACACAUUUUGCAUGACGCAUCGUGUCUGUGAUGUAUGCCCUGCCGUCACAGAUUUUGCGCAGGCUUCUUUAUGCCUGUCUAGCAUGAGAAACGCCGAGUCCUUCCUCGCGUAGCAAAAAUAAUUUCUAGAGUUCUCUUUUUACUUGUUGCUACUCAACAUGAUGUAAGUACUACAUUUUUUUUUUGAAAAAUCCAAAGACAGAGUGAGCAUGAGCACAACUUGCAGUCUUCCUCCAGGCACAGACAUUAUAUCUGCCAUGCAUAUUGAAGAACCGAGGAUCUCAAUCAUCGCAUCUUGCGUCGGCGUAUCGGGUCUAUCCUGAUAAAAGAUCCUUCUGCCUCAUAUUCAAAAGGAAAACUUGAGAUGCCGAUGUGUGAGUGUGGCGAUACACCAACUGUGUCUUGCAAGAAGGCAACUUGCUAGCAGAACCAGAGGCCUUCGCCCCAUUGGGUGCGUGAUUUGUCAUAUUGUUGGGCCUACGGGGCAGCCGUUUGAUGCCAUGCCACGCAACUAGACCCAAACGCCCCUGCAAAGGCUGAGGGUAAGUAAGUAACUCGCUCACAAUCCCUUAAUGCAUGCAGGGCCCCCGCCGCGCUUGAUGUUUGUGUAGCAGUAGUACAACGCAAACCCAGCCUCAGAAUAUAUAUAUAAACCUCGUUUGGAACAGUAUUACAGGGUGGGAGGAUUUCCUCUUUGAGACUUUCCAGUUCGGAUCCCACAAAGACUGAGCCAGGAGACGGAAAAAAGGUUCCAGCUAUCCGCUGUAAAAAAACAUCUCCACCCCAGAGUUGGCAUGCAAAUAAUUAUCCACUGCAGCCCUAAUAAAAAAAAAAUGGCGCAGUGCCGCCUGCUUGCUUUAACUUUAUCGAUGGCGCAGGGCUUUAUUGACAGGGUUUCGCUGCAGGGCUUUAUCAACAGCAGUUUCUGUGGCGACCACUGAUCGAGGUAGCACUCGACUUUGUAUGUUGGGGUCGCGGGCGAAACUGCCUCCUUGCCCAUCCCCCGGGGAGUGGAUCCCUCACCUGUUGUAGCGAUGAUAAUCAUCAUGCGGGUGUCCACUACAUAACGGUGAUGAUGCGCAGCCCGAUGUAUGAGGACCUUUUUCGAGAAGUACGCGCUGGGAGUUUGUCAUGCUCGAAGCAGGGCAUGAGGUGGCCUAUUUGUAAAUGCGGACGCGCUAGCGAAUAAACAGGAAUACGCUACACGCAUAGCUUUGUCAUUCGCAGCAGCCGAAAGUUUGUGAGUUGUGUACUAACAAAAUCCUCAACAUGAUUCAGGGGUGGAAACGUUUUUACACAGGAUACCAGCACAAACACAAGCAAAGUCUCUAGCUUUUGUUGAUCAACUGGCAAGCAUCGGCUUCGAAGACCUCCAGGCGCUGCAUAUCUUCAGAGUGCACAUCAACCCCCCCUCGAUCCCCUCACUUCUUGUCAUGCAGAAUCAGAAACCCAGUUGGAGUUGCGGUGCUUCUGCUUCCUCACUCACCACCGGGGAGGGAAGCCGUGGCGCCGGGGUCGCAAGGUGGGGGCUGUCCAGUACGUGAUGACGCGGAUGCUUUGUCAUUCUGUGCUUGUGGAACUGUUUGCAUAUGCAAAUUCCUGAAGAGGCAGCCCACAGAGUUGUACGUACUUGCUUUUACUACACUCCGCACACGAUCGUGGACUUUUGUUUCAUACACGAGCUCCUUCACGUGAUGCGCUAGUGUUUGUAUUCUUUUGCAGCUUGGCAACAUUGCUGCCCUCGUACAACGACUGAGAGGGAGGGGGAUUAACUUGCUUAUGCACUCUCAUACUGCAUGCGCGCUUUCUCGAGGAGGUUUCGCCCGAAAAGUGGCUCGGAGACUCCUCUCUACUUGCGGAUUUGCGACAGUUAGUGACCCUUGUCCGCUCGUUUGCUGAGAAUUUUUGUGCCGCGCCGCCGGGGAACGAAGGUGAAGAUCCGCGCUGGUGGGUGCGGCAACGAGUGAAGCUAACCGAAUAUCGAAAAGAAUUUAGGUCGACGCUGUUGUUCGUUCUAAAGCUGCUGAAAUUCGCUCCUUGCCACUCGCGGAAAGAAUUCACAUCCCUCUUUCAUCAACUAAACGGGAACGGAUUCUACAUUUGACGAAGACCACACUGAUUUGACGCAAGCUCAAGCAACCGCAUUCGAAUGAAGUUAUGCGUUGGACAAGUAUCGAUCCAGUAUAUAUCAAAAUCGCAUGCUCAUAUGAUUUUUGGCAACAACAAAUAGGAACUGCCGACUCAGCUUGCAAAAGGUAUUUUUCAUACAUGACUGCGAUCCAUACGACGAGUGCGGGUCUUUUGCAGAGCAUAAAAAUGUUGAUCACCGAAGAUUUUUUUUCGGAAAUUUUCACUUUCAGCGAAGUGAGGUUUUGUUUUGUUCAGCGGCGCGCCCUUUUCUUGUUCAUGGUUAUGCUUCCGACGUUUUCUCGUUGAUCCCUCAGAAAGUAGGACUUCUACAAGAACUAUGUAGCACAC